GCCGAAUAUCAGUUCAAAUUAAACUAGCAAGUUUUCCUGUGAAAAUGAGUUAUCAAGGUGAAUGUGUCAUGACCCAGCAGACUGCAAACGAGCGUUGUAAAGCACGAUACAGCAAUGUCUGCGCUAUAUUAGUAGUUGUAAUAAUAAUAUUCGAAAUAGCUACACUUAUUUUAUUCCUGAAGCAGCACCUAAUUGACUGCGACGCAGAAGAAGAAGAAGAAGUGCUGACAACCACAACCACAACUAAGAAAACCACUAAGAAAAGAAAAUAUGGUGACCACGACUACCAAGAACAUGAGGAUGCUUACACGAGUCGCCUGCAACCACCAGUUACUGAAAUUGGAGAUAUCAAUCCUGAAGUAGAAGUACCGAAAGAUGUAUCUGAUUCGACUCAAGAGGAGAUCCCCAUAACGGAGAUUUUAAAAAAUAUUGAUUAAAUUGAACUAGCUGCCCGAUGGCGAAAAAAUCGUUAGGUGUUAACGAUUUUAAUUCUAAACCCAAUUCUU